GUCGGCGGCCCCAAGGGCCGCGGCUGCCUGCUGCUGGCGGAGAUGUCCUCCAAGGGCGCCCUCGCCGCCCCCGGCCCCUACGCCGAGGCCGUCGCCGCCGCCGCGGAGGCCAACCUCGAUUUUGUUAUGGGCUUCAUCUCCAUCAACCCGGCGGCCUGGCCCAAGCAGAGCAGCCCGGGGCUGAUCCACAUGACGCCAGGGGUGCAGCUGGCUGCGGGCGGCGACGACCUCGGGCAGCAGUACAACACGCCCGCGAGCGCGGUCGGGCAGAGGGGGAGUGACGUCAUCAUCGUCGGGCGCGGCGUCAUCCGGGCGGCCGACCCCGCGGCGGCGGCGGCGGAGUACCAGGCGGCGGGGUGGGGCGCGUACGAGGCCAGCCUGGCUGAGUGA